UCUAGACCCAGGGCCAGGGGCAAGAUCACAGAUGCCAGCUUGCCGGCCAGGCCUUCAGCCACGAAAAGCCAACAAAUGCAGCAUGCCGCACAAGAAACGCCAACACUUUCUUGUUGAUCCGGCUUUAUGACUUGCCCUUCUUCCGAAUAAACAAUACACAGCCUCAGCCGUAAGAUGAACACAACCUUCAACUCGGCGCUGAAACAGCGCACCACGAUCCGCAAAGACCUCUCCGCCCUGUCCAGCCUCGCCUCUGGGGAAACACCACAAGAGCAACAACAGCACCUACAACAGCUGACACCGGCGGCGCUCGGCUCGCUCUCGGCCUCGCUAACGGCCUUCUCGCGCACCAUCGACGAGUACAACACGCUGGCGAAGCAGGAGGUCAACCCGGCCAAGCAGGAGAAGGCCUUCGAGCGGAUCCGCGACUUCCGCGCCGAGCUGGCCGACUUCCGCGCCCAGCUCGACGCCCUCAAGGCCGCGCGCGAGGAAGCCGCCCACGCGGCCAACCGCAACGAGCUGCUCGGCCGCCGCCCCUUCGCCGCCGCCACGCCCGAGAACCCGUACGCGGGCGCGACGGCAAGCACAAGCACAAGCACGAGCACAACAGCAACCGCGACGGGGUACGGGCUCGGGCGGGGAGGCGGCCACGCGCGGACGACGAGCAUCGCCGAGGCAGGGAGGGCAGGAGGAGGUGGCACGCUGGGCCUGGGCAGCGGGGACGCGGCGCGGGAGAGCCACGCGCUGCGGGAGCAGACCUUCUUCGCGAGCACGCACGCCGCGCUCGACGACUACAUCGCGCGCGGGCAGGCCGUGCUGGGCGACCUGGGCCAGCAGCGCGAGAUGCUCAAGUCCACCCAGCGCAAGCUGUACUCGGUCGGCAACACGCUGGGCAUCUCGGGCGACACUAUCCGCAUGAUCGAGCGGCGCGCGCGGCAGGACAAGUGGAUCUUUGGCGCCGGCGUCGUGGUCUUCUUUUUGUUCUGCUGGCUGGUGCUGCACUAUCUGCGGUAGCCCGGCGAGGAGGGGGGAGGGGUUGGUUCUGUCUGCUGCUUUCAUCCAGCGCGGAGUUUGGGCGUCGCGUGCUGGGGUGUCUUUCUUGCUCUAAUUGGAAUUUGCAUCUCGGCAUUUGGUGCUCUCUCAGUCAUGUAUACCCCGGAC